AUGGAAAAGCGCGGGAGGCGCUAUAGCAUAGGAAGUCUCGGGACGGCUGCACUCGAUUGCGAUGAGCUUCGGCCUUGCAGUAAUUGCGUACGGCAUCAGACUCCUUGCAGCCCGACCACCCCUGGAAUCUUACCCAGUACCUCUCAAACAAGUCCUCAGCAUUUUGUUGCUUUAUCAGCAUCAGUAGAAAGGCGCUCUGGGUCUCCACAAAGUCCUCGUUCAAGCCUCCCAGAAUGGAUGCAAAGCUUACGUUUAUGGCAGCAUUACUGCGCGAACACCUGCUACACCUUAACCCGGACAGGCCGAACCGAAGAGCUUUGGAAAAAUGUUGUACCCGUGACUGCAUCUCAAUGGGACAGUAUCGAGUUGACUACAACUCCAUCUGAUGUUGCACAAUCAUUUUUCUUGCUUCAAGGGAUCAAAGGCAUCCUUGACUUCAAAGCACUUGAGACAUGGCCGGCAGAGAAAAAUGAACUUGCUUCACUGUUACAACAUGCCACGUAUCCACCACAAGAGCAUGACGGUGCAUUUCAACUUCGGUUGAGUGAGAUAACGUGCCUUUUGGAUGUACUUCCACAAUCCUUUGAUCCGAUCAGCCCUCGAUCCGUGUGUCUACUAGCACUGGACUCACUCAAGACAAUUCAUCAUGCUUGCAAACAUACGACAUCAGACACGGGCUUCGUCUGGACUUGGCCAUUCACCUUUCCGGCUCUAUUUAUCGAGACGAUUAGCGAGAAACGACACGUCCCACUUAUUAUCCUUGCGCAUUUUGCUGCUCUUUACCAACCGCACAAGCAUGCUACAUGGGUCAAGAGCGCUCUGGAUCCAGGUUGGCAGUCAUGGAUCUAUUGGCCAAAACUGAGUUUGGGAAACGAGAUUGAUGUUGACGAUAUGGACGAAUGA